UCUGGGACAGAUGUCAGACAGACAAUGUUUAUCCUAGCUGUGCGGGUCUUCACUAUGCAUUCACCAGCGUGUGCGUACUUGCGCUGAUGUUGUCGUCCGAGUCCAGGCAUGCUGUAAUUAGAACACUGGCGCAAUUUUUUGGGUCUCUCUCCCUCUUUCUUUCUCUCUCUCAGUCCAUCCCCUGUCAUUCUCUCUAUCGGUGGGGUUUUUCUAACCUUUGCUGUUAAAGGGUCUUUGGUGGUCUUCGAGAAGAGGGUGCUGCUGUGUUUGGGAGAGAGUUGUGUCCAUCGAUGCACACACCUCUACCCGACCCUACAGGCUAUGCUCCCUCUUUCGUCUUGCUUUAUUUUGCUCGGACAGUUUGUGUGUGAAAGUGAAUACAGCCAGUUGGGAGGAUGUACUACGUGAAAAAGAAGUCCCAGUACAACCUGUUGAGCAGCAGCAUGGAGGCGAACCUGGGGAGCCAGCGAGCGGCGUCCACCAGCCCCUACAGCUCGGGGGAGAACACGUCUGCAGUGCCCACACCGUCACCCUACUCGCAGCCCAACAGCACUUUUGACGGCCUGUCGCCGGCGCCAGCUAUCCCGUCCAACACUGACUACCCUGGGCCACACUGCUUCGAGGUCACCUUCCAGCAGUCCAGUACCGCCAAGUCUGCCACCUGGACGUACUCCCCGCUGCUGAAGAAGCUCUACUGUCAGAUCGCCAAGACCUGUCCAAUCCAGAUCAAGCUUUCCUCGGCCCCGCCACACGCCAGUGUCAUCCGUGCCAUGCCUGUCUACAAGAAAGCGGAGCAUGUCACCGAGGUAGUCAAACGCUGCCCCAACCACGAGCUGGGACGGGACUUCAAUGACAGCCAAGUGGCCCCAGCCAGUCAUCUGAUCAGGGUGGAGGGAAACAACCUGUCCCAGUACGUGGACGACCCCGUCACGGGCAGGCAGAGUGUCAUGUUGCCCUACGAGAACCCACAGGUGGGGACAGAGUUCACCACCAUCCUCUACAACUUCAUGUGCAACAGCAGCUGUGUGGGAGGGAUGAACAGGAGACCCAUCCUCAUCAUCAUCACCCUAGAGACACGCGAUGGUCAGGUGCUGGGACGAAGGUCGUUUGAAGGGCGGAUAUGCGCCUGUCCGGGGCGAGAUCGCAAGGCAGACGAAGACCACUUCAGGGAGCAGCAGGCCAUGAGCGACAACAUGUCCAAGAACGACAACAACGCUAACAAGCGCACAUUCAAACAGACCCCUCCAAACAUUCCCAGUCCAGGCAUGAAGAGACGGCGGCAUGGUGAAGAAGAGAUCUACUAUAUGCCUGUGCGCGGUAGAGAGAACUUUGACCUGCUGAUGAAGAUCAAGGAUAGUCUAGAGCUGGUGGAGUUCGUACCACAGCAGCUGGUGGACUCCUACAGACAACAACAGCAACAGCUGCUUCAGAGACAGAGCCAUGUUGCAUCCCCGUCCUCCUAUGGCUCUCCCCUGUCCAACAUGAACAAGCUGCACGGGGGCCACGGGGGCCACCAGUCUCAGCAAAACCCCCUCCCCAGCAUGGGGCACGUGGGUCCCAACAUGCUCAACAGUCACCACAUGCAGACCAACAGUGACAUGAACGGGGGACACGGGGGCGGCCAGUCCAUGUUGUCCACGUCGCACUGCACCCCUCCCCCUCCGUAUAACCCUGACCCCAGCCUAGUCAGCUUUCUAACCAGUCUGGGCUGCCAGAACUGCAUCGACUACUUCACGUUGCAGGGCCUGCAGAGUCUCUACCAACUCCAGACUCUGUCCAUGGAGGACCUGGGUGCACUAAAGAUCCCCGAGCAGUUCCGCCUGGCCAUCUGGCGGGGCCUGCAGGACAUGAAGCAGGGAGGCGGGGUGGGACCUCCUCCUUCCUCCCACCAUCAAGACCACUAUGGUCAGCAGCUCCUCCGCUCCAGCAGCAACAUGGCAGCAGCCGCCAUGGCCAUCGUCCCCGGCGGCGAGCUACAACGCCAGCGUGUCAUGGAGGCCGUACACUUCCGUGUGCGCCACACCAUUACCAUCCCUUCCAACCGCCCGGGAGGUGGGCCGCAGGCAGUCGCUGCCGCCGCAGAUGAGUGGGCCGACUUCGGCUUUGACAUGCCCGACUGCAAAGUGUCGCGCAGCAACAAGAACUCCAUCAAGGAGGAGUUCAUGGAAAGUGACGUCCACUGAGAGAAAGAGGGAGAGAGAGAGAGAGAUAUACAGAGGGUGGGAGAGAGCGAGAUAGAGAGAACGGGACUCU